AAAAAUGCAGAAAAAUUUAAUUAAUAGAUAUUAACUAUUUUCUCUCACAUAUUUUGUUACUAUUAUCAUUGUUAUAAUCAUCGUAAUUAUUAUUUUAUUAAUUUUCAUACAUAAACAGUUGUUAUUGUUAUUAUUAUUGUAAUUAUUAUUUAUGUUAAUAGUAGAAAUGAUGGUGCACCUGUUUAGCAAUCUCACACAACAUUUAUGAAUAUUUUCCUAUCAUCGUCAUUGUCAUAAUUAAUCAUCACGAAUAUUGAUCAACCAAUACAUAAAGCCUUUUAAAUAGAAGAUUACAUUUCUAUCACCUGCUUCUAUUUUAUAUCACCGUAAAAAAAAAAGAAAGAAAGAGAAAGAGCUGUAUAUGAGGAGAAUGGUUUCUAAAUUUAAUAAUUAUGCACACCAUACAAAACACAUCUUGUAUUUUAAACCUCGAGUAAUAUAAAGAUGUAACAUGUAUGUGUUUAUGUGUAUCAUCUCACAAUCAGUGUCUCUUCAAAACCGUACACACGUUCUCCCUGCUUUUAAAAAAAGAAACAAAUUAUUUAGAAAAUAUUUAUUUUAUUUCAAAAUUAUUUUAACCAAUUCUAAUAAUAUAUAAAUAUUGAUUAGCUAAUCAAUUUAUAUAAUAUUAUGAAAUCAUUUAAACACGUGGAGGAGUCGUGUGCCAUAAUUAAAUUUCAUUAUUACAUAAUUUAAUCUAUUAAUUUAUUUAUUAUUAUAUAGUUUUAUUUUAUUUAAUAUCAUUAUUCUAAUUACCAUCUUUAACAUAUAAUUUUUAAUGCUUUAGAAACAUAAGAAUCUCUUUGUAAGAAAUGUACAAACAAAAAAUACGUGGCAUGCUAUAAUUCUUAUGUAUCGCGUAAAAGUAUUUAUUAUUAAGAAAUAAUACUUUAGAUUUUUAUUUAAUAUUGUUUCGAAUGAUAACAAUUUGAUUGAAGUAUUGAUAUUUAAUUAUAUUUUAUCUCUCUAAAACAAAUAAAAAUUAAAAGUGUAUUUAUCGAUCGUGCUCUGUAAGUUUAAAUUGUAAGAGUAGUUGCAAAAUUUUACCGUUAGAUGUCUCUGCUAAUACGUCUUAACAGGCGUAGAUGGCGCUCUACUAUUUCAAUGUAUAUGUAUAUAAUUCAAAUUAUUUGUUGUCUAUACUUUUCUAGGCUUGAUUAAACUAAAAAUGAUGUACAGUGAUUACACGUGGUUGAUAAAUCUUAUUUAAUGAGAAAACAAUGUUAGGUAUAUAUGUAAAUGUGUAUUUAGGGAAGCAUAAUGUUAUAUGCUUUUUUUAUUACUAAAGAUUUCUAUAGACAUGUAACCUCUGUACUACUAGUCAUAAUGUUCAGUAAACACAUAUAUAAAGUUUUAAGUGUAUUAGGUGUUACUUUGCAGUAUGCGUGCAUCACACAUUGUGCGUUUGAAUAUAUUGGCGAAUUUGUAGUGUGUUCGGGUCCAUCCAUGGAACCGACAAUACGCAGUGAGGAUGUAUUAUUUACAGAACAUAUAAGUACAAAAUUAAGGUGGUAUAAUAAAGGUGAUAUUGUUAUUUCUAUAUGUCCAUCAAAUCCUAAACAACAUAUUUGUAAGCGAAUUGUAGGCUUACCUGGUGACAGUAUUCGAGAUGGAUUUUCUACAUAUACUGUACCAAAUGGACACGUGUGGCUAGAAGGAGAUAAUAGCAGUAAUUCAGCAGAUUCGCGAUUCUACGGGCCGGUUCCGCAAGGAUUACUUCGUAGUCGUGCUAUAUGUAAAAUAUGGCCCUUAUCCGACGUAAGACUUUUUACAACGAAAUUAUAGUGUUAUUUUUAUUCUAAAAAAAAAAAAAA